CAAUAAAAAAUUUGCUAAAAGAAAAUAAUAAUGGUAAUAACUGCAGAGUGAUGCAUAUCAGAAGACAGGGUGUUAUAAUUUACAAUGUCCAGGAUUUGUUCAAACUAGUACAACACUUGCACUUGGAGCUGCAAUUUCUCCUAAUUCUAUCUAUAAUGGACAACAAUUUGAAAUUAAGUUAAUGAUCUUGAAGGAUCCUACAAAUGGGAAUUGGUUGCUUAAAUUUGGAUCUAAUUUUAAUGAAGAAAUUGGGUACUGGCCAUCGUCAUUAUUCACACAUUUAAACUAUAAGGCAACGACGAUUCAAUUUGGUGGAGAAAUAAUGAAUAGAAAGUCAACAGGGUCUCACACUUCUACCCAAAUGGGUAGUGGACAUUUUGCUGAGGAGGGUUUUGGAAAAGCUUCAUAUUUUAAGAAUUUGCAAGUUAUGGAUUCAAAUAGAAACUUGAUUCCAUUGCCAAAUCUACAAGUGCUUGCAAGCAAUCAAAAUUGUUAUAACAUAAAAGGAGGGACUAAUCAUUUCAUGGGAAAUUAUUUUUACUAUGGUGGACCUGGCAAGAAUGACAAAUGUCCUUAAGAAGAUGAAUAGUAGAUGAGAGUUCACUUUUAGGAUGUGUUAAUUUGAGCAUAGUAGAAAAAUGCAUGCCAUCAUAAGUUUUUACGCUUUAGCUAUGUUGUUAAUAU